CCGAAUUUCCUCCACAUCAACAUGCUCAUCUUGUACGGGUCCCAAACUGGCACCACCGAAGCAUACGCGAAGAUCGUGCACUCGUUCGCGACGGCCCGCGGCCUAUCGCCGCGCCUCCUCGUCGCCGACGACUUCAACCCGGACCAACUCGUCCAUGAAGGGGUCGUCAUCUUCCUCACGUCGACUUUCUACAACGGAGAGUUCCCCAGCAACUUUUCUCGCACGUGGGACUACCUCCGAGCCACAACGACGUCGCUGCCGUCUACCAAAUUCGCCGUGUUCGGCCUCGGCAACUCACACACAAAGGUCAACUUCAACGCCGCCGCCAAGGUGUUGGACGCGCGCUUGGAACAGUUAGGAGCGUCGCGUCUGAUUCCGCUCGGACUCGGCGAUGAACAAGCACCCUGCGGCCACGAAACGGCCUUCCGUCCUUGGAUCCAGCACCUGUGGGUCAAGUUGCUAGGCGGACACGGCAAGAUGACCCUUCCCGUGCAAUUUCACAUCUCAACGCCUGCAACCGACGCCGUGAGCGUGUCCCGCACCCUUCCCGGCUUUGACGGGUUCCGCGUCGUGUCCAACACACUGCUAACCCCCGACGGCUACGAGCGACCGACGUUCCUCCUGACGCUGGAGUUGCCCGCCGGCGUCACGUACCAACUGGGCGACCACAUUCAAGUAUCAUACAACAACUCGUCUGACCUCGUCGAGCGCACCGCGUCGCGUCUCGGUCUUUCCUUGGACAGCACGAUUCAGCUGAGACCGAUCGGCCACGGCGGUUACUUGCCCGUAGACACCCCCAUCAAGCUGGAAGAUCUUCUGCGCGACUACUUGGACCUGUCGUCGCCGCCGUCACGGUCGUUCCUCGAAGGACUCUCGGCGCUGUGCGCAGACCCGGACGAAGCGCUCGCCCUCGAACAGCUCGCAGAGGACAUGACCAUCGGCAACUUGUACUCCAAGUACGUGGGCGGGAACGCCGCCUUCCGCACGCCGUUCACGCUCGUGGACGUGCUGGAGCUGCAUCCGUCCAUCCAGAUAGGGCUGCAUCACAUCGUCGGCAAUAUCUCGCUCAUCCGGCCGCGGUACUACUCGGUGUGUUCGAGUCCGCUGCAGCUGCCCCACCACGUGCAGGUCGUGUACAUGGUGGACACGUGGCACUGCGGCAACGACCCGAACAAGCUGUUCAUGGGCGCCGCUGCCGGCUACAUGUCGCGCCUCGUGCCGGGAGAUAUCGUCACGUCGUCGCUCAGCCGCGGGUACUUCCGCCUCCCGACGUCGUUGGAGACGCCGAUCCUCGGUGUGGCCUUGGGCACGGGCAUCUCGUUCUUCCGCGCACUGCUACAGCAUCGCGCGUACCACCAAGACCAGCACGCCGUGGUCAGCAAGAUGCGGCUCUACUUCGGCAUCCGCCACGCCGCCAAAGACUUUUUGUUUGAAAAUGAACUCCAAGCGUACGUGAACCGCGGGUUGCUGGAGCUCGUACCCGCGUGUUCGCACGACAGCAACGAGUUCGUGACACCCGUGACCAAACUGCGCGACUUUCCCAACUCGGUGGCCGAGUACUUGGACAACCAGGGCGUGUACUUUUACUGCGGGAUCGGCGGCACGAUCCCGUACUUCCACGAAGCCGCCAUCCAAACCGCGUUGCAAACCGUGCACAAGAGCACAUUGGGCUCGGAGAUGGAAACUGUCGACGAGAUGAAAGUGACGGGGCGGUGGCAGGUCGAAGCCUUUUCAUCGUGUUUGGACCAUGAGAAUGCGCUGCAACACCAGCAAAAGGUGCAGACCAAGAAGGAGGACACUCCCAUUAGCGACGUGGUCGGGGACUGCGCCAUGUUCUGCUUCCAGUGCGGCCAAACCAACCAAGGCAUCGGGUGCACCAAGAUCGGCGUGUGCGGGAAGACGCCCACCGUCGCGGCGCUCCAAGAUCUGCUCGUCGACCAUCUCAAACACUUGAGCUGGUAUGCGCACCAUAUCCGCGUGGUGGACCCGGACGUGACGUCGCUGACGGAAGUGGACCGGUUUUCUCUUGUGGCGCUCUUCUCGACGCUGACCAACGUCAACUUCGACGCGACGCGGUUCGUGACGUUCAUCCAGCAAACCAAGGCCUUCACGGACACGUUGAGCCAGGAAUAUGCGACAGUGUGCAAGGCGCAUGGCGUGACCCCCCGCGCGGUGCCGUGGAAGCGCACGGACGCCAACGUGGUGGACAUUGAGGAGCUGGUCGCGAGUGGGAAGAAGGUGGGUGUGCUCUCGCGUCUCCGCGCCGGCCGGAACGACGCGCUCGUGGGGCUGCAGGAGAUGCUCGUGUACGGGCUCAAGGGUCUGGCGGCGUACACGGACCACUCGUUCCAGUUUGGCAACGAGAAGCCCGAGAUUUACCACUUUAUCCAUGAAGCAUUUGCGUUCCUGUGGUCUCCGGAGGCAGGGAAGGUGGACAAGGUCGUGGACAUGCUCAUGAAGUGCGGCCAAGUGAACCUCACGGCCCUCGCCCUCUUGCAUGAGAGUAACAACACAUACGGAGCCCAGUCCCCGGGUAUCGCCACCUCGGUGCCUCGUCCUGGCAAGUGCAUCUUGGUGUCUGGCCACGACCUCAAGAUGCUCCACGAUGUCUUGGAAGCCUGUGCCUCGUACAAGACUGACCACGGCGUGCAUAUCAACGUGUACACCCACGGUGAGCUGCUCCCGGCGCACGGGUACCCGGCGUUGCGUGCGUCGCCGCACUUGAUCGGGCACUUUGGUGCUGCUUGGCAGCGCCAGUCGCUUGAAUUCGCCCACUUUCCCGGGUCGAUCUUGAUGACCACGAAUUGCCUGACGCAGCCCAAGACGGAAUACAAGGACCGGCUCUUCACGGCUGGGGCCGUGGGGUGGCAAGACAUCCCGCACUUGGAGGACGGGCAGUACGCGCCUCUGUUGGCCAAGGCCGUGGCCGGUGUUGGCUUUACCGACGCGGAUCUCAAGUUCAACUACCCCGCCAACCCGUUUGUCAACACGGUGGAGAAGUACCACGUCGGGUGGGGCUCGGAGACUGUGAUCGGCGCGGCUGCGACCGUGUUGCAAGCCGUCACCGACGGCCACAUCAGCCGGUUCUACGUCAUCGGCGGCUGUGACGGCUACGAAGGCGAGCGAAGCUACUACACGGACUUGGCCAAGGCGUUGCCGGACACGAGUGUCGUGCUCACGGUCGGCUGCGGCAAGUUCCGCAUCAACCACUUGGACAUGGGCACCAUUGGCGACACGGGCAUCCCUCGGCUGCUCGACUUGGGCCAGUGCAACGACUCGUACUCGGCCGUGCAGAUCGCGCUGGCGCUGGCGCAGGCGUUGCAGUGUGGCGUGAACGACCUGCCGCUGUCGAUCGUGCUGUCCUGGUUUGAGCAAAAGGCCGUGGUGGUGCUCUUGACGCUGCUGUCGCUUGGCAUCCGCAACAUUCGCGUCGGACCUACCGUGCCUGCCUUCUUGCGGCCGUCUAUUUUCAAGGUCCUGCACGAAAAGUUCAACCUCAUGGCCAUUGGUGCCGACGUGCACCAAGACAUUGCCAACAUGGUCGGCGGCGACAACGGGAUCGCCUCAUCGCCUUAGGUAUAUUGGUUAGGAUUAGGUUUUAUUCAUUAACGUUAAUGUAUUGUUGGGUUUAUAUCCACAACCACA